AUGGACGGUCAGCCUGCAACGGCUGAAUCCAAGCAUCAUUACCAAUCCCACCCUUGGGCAGGCGCUCCUGCUAGCUCUACCACUCCAAGGGGCAAGCCAGCCUCGCUACCCGAGGCUUCGCCAAAUUACUUCACCCCGCAGCUGGAGCUGCUCCCUAUCCUCUUCCCCCAACAGAUCUACCAGGACAAGCUUCUGCAGUACAACAAGCUCGUCUCGGCCGGGCGGGGUGGUGGUGGUGGUGGAUUGCAAAGUCCAGCAGCUCCCCCUACGCAUUCCUCGCCUCAGACGAAAUCCUCCGGUAGGUCGAGGUCAUCUUCCAAGGUGUCGAACAAGGACAACAUUCAGACGAAGCCUGGUACGCAAAGCUGUCAUGGGAACAGAGCGGCAAAGCCUUCAGACAUCGCCGAACGCGCGCAUAUAAAACCGGGGAAAGAACCGUCAUCCAAGAUGUCGGGCAAGAAGGCAAACGAGCAAACGGCCGUCAACGGUACGCCCACGAGGUUACCGCCAUCAUCCAACCAAAAUGCGCCACACCAUUCUACUCAGUCGAGCUCUGUGCCGUCGACCCCUCAUCAGCACGCCCGGAAGUUUUCUUUCGAGUCCAGAGAGCCGUCACCAGGCGCCACGCAGAAUCACUCCCCGCGUUCUGCCUACUCCGAGACAAAUGGUAGUGUUCCCUCUCUCCGCCCGCUUCCUCCCAGACUUGGAGGCUGCCGCUUCGAGACUGCGGUUCCCCAUUCUCGACGCCGAAUGCCAUACAGCCUUGGGACAGACAGGCUAGAAAAAGUGGAAUCAGAAAAAAUCAAGAGCAAGUUGUCGGAAGAAGAAGAGAGGAAGCUUGAAGCGGAUAUGCGGAAGUUAUACGACGGGUUAUUACCGACAGAAGCCAUCGAGGCAAACCGACGGAGGCUAGUCAACAAGUUGGAAAAGUUAUUCAACGAUGAGUGGCCUGGGCAUGAUAUUCGGGUUCAUCUCUUUGGUUCUUCCGGCAACUUAUUAUGUUCUGAUGAUUCGGAUGUGGAUAUUUGUAUCACGACGCCCUGGAAGGAGUUGGAGAGUGUCUGCUUGAUUGCUGACCUUCUUCACAGACAUGGAAUGGAAAGGGUGGUUUGCGUCUCGUCCGCAAAGGUGCCCAUCGUCAAGAUUUGGGACCCGGAGCUGCAGCUUGCUUGCGACAUGAAUGUCAACAACACGUUGGCAUUAGAAAAUACUCGGAUGGUGCGGACUUAUGUUAGUAUUGACGAGCGAGUGCGUCCCCUUGCCAUGAUCGUGAAGUACUGGACACGGAGGAGAAUUGUCAAUGAUGCAGCCUUUGGUGGAACGCUGAGUUCUUACACCUGGAUCUGCAUGAUCAUUGCAUUCUUGCAACUACGGGAACCUCCAGUGCUUCCCGCUCUACACCAGCGGCAUAAUCUUAAGCAGCCAAAGAAAGACGGUACACUCAGUGAAUUUGCUGAUGACAUUCCGAAGCUACGUGGUUUCGGCGCAAAGAACAAGGACAGUCUCGCAGCCCUCCUCUUCCAGUUUUUCCGCUUCUACGCCCACGAGUUCGACUAUGACAAGUACGCAUUAUCAAUACGCCUCGGGAGGCUGCUUACCAAGACGGAGAAGAAAUGGCACAUUGGUUCGAAUAACAUGCUCUGCAUCGAAGAGCCAUUCAACACGAUGCGUAACCUCGGGAACACCGCUGACGACACAUCAUUUCGCGGACUCCAUAUGGAGCUGAGGAGGGCUUUUGACUUGAUCGCAGAGGGAAAGUUUGAGGAGUGCUGUGAGCAGUACGUGUUCCCAAAAGAGGAGGAGAGGAUAUGGCAGAAGCCGGCAGCCGUCCCAAGGCCAAUCCUGCUGAGGAGUUCUUCACACCAGAAUGGGGGUCGUGGUGGGCGCGCAGGGUUCCGAGGACCCCGCCAGUUCCACCGGAACGGGAAUGCGAGCCGUCGCGCAUCGUCUAGCGUCCCGUACGAGACAAACCCGGCGUUUGCGCAGGCUGGAAUGCCUACCACUCUAAGUCCGGGGGAUGUCUUGUGGUACCAGAAUCUUCUGCCUCAAGAACUGAUCGCUGUAGCCGCACAGGACCAGAGCAUUCGGUUUCAGCUGUACGCUCCGCAGUUCAGCCAGCAUCCAGCGCUUGCACAUGCUCAACGGAUACAGACCGGAUCGGCAACCGACAGGUCUCGGACCAACUCGUUUGACAACCCGCCGCUAUCGGCUCCCAUAAGGCCGGAGUUGAUGUACGGUUUUGGUUUCCCGAUCCAGCAAAGCCCGUAUUUCCCCCCCGGGUUUACCACUUACCCUUCAUCUCCAGCAUCAGUGUCGGCGGGUGCUAGUGGGCAACCCGAGUUCCGUAGGAGCCUUCAUCGAAAUGCCGCGGCGAGUGACUCUGCGGUCUCAUCAGGCAGCGGUACGCUUAGGUCGCAAUCGCAGCCCGCCUCAAGAACCUCGAUGUCAACCUCGCAAUCGUCGGUUAGCCACUCAACGUCCAGUCAGGGUCAAAACGGGACGGUUCCCUUGCAGUCACGGCACAUCAAUGGGAUGCCUAUCCCCAGCUUUAUCCCCGACGAGGCAACCGAUGGCGAGUACGAUGAUGGGUCAUCAAAGGUUCUAUCGGACUCGCCACCGCCUGAAGACGAUGGGCCUCGCUACAUAGGGUACUAUGUAAACGACCAAACAAACCCUAGCCGGCAAGCGAAUGGCCUUCCAAACGCUAGUCUAGCCUUUGGCGACCUCAGCCUCAGAACUGAGGGCCGCCGGCGGCUGUCAACCGAUCAGCUUCCUCAGUCUGUCCUUGAUCGAAGGAUGAGGAGGACGUCGCGGUCCCCAUCGCCCAUGGGACAUGCUAGGGCGUUCUCGGUCGGGGUUAAUUCUGCACCGCUGCCAUCUGCUCCUUUCCCUCAGGCCAACGGGAACUCAUCUUCGAAGCCUCUCGUGGUUAAUGGGACAGUCUCUAAAUCGAGCUCGACUCCGGGAUGCAGUCGCGUGCCCCCGGCUGCAGAGGCCCCGGCACUGGACGAGGUGCACCAUGACAACCCGUUGCACAUCCAUCAGGGAUUGAGUCCCAGCAGUUCGUGGUCAGACCAUCACUUUCCCAAUCCGUCCAGCGGUGCGGAACCAGCCGCCCCCGCGGCUUUGGAUCGGCCGGUCAUUGUGAAUGGAUCAUCGACGAACCGCUCCCCGUCCGGGAUGUCGAAUAUGUUUGAGGCGUCAUUCCAGCAGCGCGUAGCGAUGGGGGCCGGGUUUCACUUCCCGUACUCGGCAGUCCUGGGCGAUCCCAGCGCUAUGACUGGGCUCUCCCGACUUCAUACCCGUCAGUUAGCCCCCCUGGACCUUGCUACUGGGGAUUAUGCAGUCCACCAAGACAUGCCGCAUCUCUCUCCGGUCUAUGAGAACCGCACGCCGUCCCCCACAAUGGUCCGGAAAAUUGAAUCGCCCACCGGUGGCCAGUCACCAACGAGGCUUGGUUCGACCAAAGACUAUCGUACGGAUCCUUCAAAAGCAGUGCAGAAGUCAGGGGGCAUUAAGCCGCCCCCGACGGGGCCGUCGGUAAGACAACACGAUGCCAUAAGCCGGUCCCCUGUUCAGGACCAGAGAAUCAACGGUCUCAUCAGGGAAAACGGGCAUGUCCGUGCUGCCAAGAGCCAGACGGAGAGUUUCAGCAGCGGAUGGCAAAAAUCAAAGCCACGCAAGAAGGGUGUCGCCGACUUGAAGCAUGCCUCCAACGGUUUCUCCCAGAGCGAGCAGUUGCCCAAGAACGAGGCUGACCGCAAGGGAGGUUGA